AUGGGGACCCCCUCGCCGCCCCCAAAAAGCAACCUGGGGUUUUGCCGUGUGCGGCAUCACGAUGGCCAGGGCGCCAAGGUGGAUACAAAGGAGGACGCUGCAGAGAAACCCAAAUCUGCUCCAACCGCGGAGAAAUUUGGCUGGAUUAAGAAAAGCAGCGGGGGACUCCUGGGAUUGUGGAAGGAUCGUUACAUCCUGCUGCGCAAAACGCAGCUGGUGGUCUGCGAGGACGAGGACGAACAGAAAUGCAUAGAAACGGUGGAACUGGAGAGUUACGACAAGUGCCAGGAGCUGCGUGCGCUGCUAAAAAGGAAAAACCGUUUCAUUUUAAUCCGCUCCCCCGGUAAGAAGGUUCAUGAUAUCAAAUUUCAAGCACCAACUUUGGAAGAAAAGGAAUCCUGGAUAAAAGCUCUUAAUGAGGGGAUCAAUAGGGGCAAAAACAAAAUAUUUGAUGAGGUGAAGGUAGACGAGAGCCUUUCCUUGGACCACGUCACGCGGGACAGAGUGAAAAUGACCCAAGGACGGAGGCCCCCCACGAGAAGCCACCUGAAGGAGGCUGCCAAGGCAACAUCAGAUGGUAUCCUGAGACUAGAUCUCGAUAUAGUGGACAACGGACCACCAAACUUGGACUCCACUAUCAGCGAAGGUGACAAUCCUCUCCCUGAGAAGGACACUCCAAAGCCACCUAUGCCACCUACAAAACCCACUGGCACAAAAGAAAAACAAGACGCAGAGAAUAAUGUUCCUGACCAGGAACAUAAAAAGCCUUUGUCCCCUCCAUUGCCCCCGGAUAAGAAGCUUAAGGAAAGCCUAGCAUCAAAGGAGAGUGCCAAUGCCACGGAAGAGGACUCUGUUAGCACUGAGGAGAGUGCAGAAGGACCCAAAGCACCAAGUGAGGAGGAUGGGGAGACCCUCACAGAGGUCAGCAAUAGGAGCUCAGGAAAAGCUCCAAUUCCUCUUCCUAAGAGCGUGCCAGACAAGCUAAAAGUGACUUGGGAGCAGCCAGUCGCUGAGCCCAAAACUACAGAAGACUUGAAAUCAUCAGGAGAUGGUAGCGAAGAGAAUCUGCAGGAGAUUGCCACUGCAGAUGUGGCCAAGCCUGUUGUUCCUCCUAAGGUUCUGUCAGAAAAAUUUUUAGCCACUAUAAACUCCAGCCAGGGUGACCUGGAAGCUGCAGGUUUGGAAGACCUGGAGUCUCACAGCUCCAGUCCCCCCGUGAAUGGGAUCAAAGACAGUGAAGAAGCAGAGGCCACAUCCCCAAAAGCUGAAACUGAAGAAGGAAAUGAGAGAACCGCUGAAGAGAAGGAACAGCAAACAUUAGCAGAACAGAGAGAGACUUCCUUAGCUACAGAAACAGGCCAUAAGGGUGUAAAAGUGACUACUGAGAAGAAAACAUCUGUUGAAAGCCCUUCAGCUCUCAAACUUCGCAGUUCUUCUUUGGGAGACUUGCUGUCUGAUUCCAAAACUGCACAGGGAGCACUUACAGGCCCAGGUUUCCCCAGGGUUUCCCAUCGCUGCAUCGCUGAAAUGGAGGAGAAGGUUGCCAAUGAAAGGGAAAAGACAGAAAAACUUCUGCAGAAGGUUUUACGAGGAGGGUUGGAGCAGGCCCAGGGGGAGAACGGCCCCCCGGUGCUGGCAGAGACAUUGCUCAAUGAGGCAGUGGAGCAGCUGCUGCAAGCUACACAAGUCUUGCAAGAAAUUAAAGAUUUGGGAGAACUGAAAAAAGAAGGAACAGAGACACAGAAAGGAAAGCAAAAGGCUCUAGUGACUCUUUAUAGGAGAAGUGCUCCCUGACACACUCUUCGGACAGACUUCUUUCUGAAAAUCAGAGCUAAACAUUUGCCAUUUAUGAUUUGUACCAUUGCUAGGCCAGUGUUAAAAAGGUGGUGUUUUGCUGUGCGCACACCGUGUUUAUGGGACAGAAUUGAGCUUUCAGUUAUAGCAUCUUUCUCUCUUUCUUCAUGCUGUAUAUCGUAGCCCAGUUCUAAUCCUCUUAGCACAGCAGAAGGUUACAGGACAUAGAGCAGUUACGAAAAUGUGAAUGUUCUUUAAGGACUUGGUCCAAAGUCCUUUCAAGUCAAUGGAUCAAGCCUUAAAAAACACUGGUAAUUAAUCUGAGGCAGAUUUUUGAAAGGACCACAAAAUGGCUAUUCUAGCAAAAGCCCUUGUUUAUCUGUAUUUACAGACAUGCCAAUACCCAGAUUACACUGGCACCUGUCUGGUUUUGCCAGUUAAAUCAUUAAAGGAGAAACCUUGUCAGAGGUGAUUUUACUAGCUGGUUCACUUGCUGGUGAGGUUUCCUGGACCACCUGGACCAGUGACAUCUGGGAAUGUAAAGAUAAAUGGCUUAAUCUUCUCCAAAGCUACUCACAAAACCACAUCCACGGUUAA